UCGCACAAGGACGUGCCACUUCAACUCCAUUCGACGGAGCUGGACAAAAGACCCUCAUAACCACGCUAUAGCUCAAUCUAGUUACAGAGAGCCGCCCAGAUAUCAAUGGAUUCUCCAGUCGUCGACGCUAUAGACGCGCAGAUUGUGAACCAUCUCAGGGCAUUUGCGCAAGAGGCGGCCGACAGAUGUAUGCCAGCGGCGUCUAGAUGGGCCUCGGAGCUUGUCUUGGCGACUGCACCUGCUUUUCGAAGGCAAAGGCCACAUUUCCUCACGUCAACUCCGGCCCGUCCUCGAAGCGCUCGCAUGACGCCACAGAGCCCUGAAUCUCCAACGAGACCCAGCGUACCCUCGACCUCAUACAGAGAUCUCCGUGCUCCACCUGCUCCCCAGAGUUUAGAAGACGAAUUCUCCCGCGAACGGCACCUUGAGGCUGGGGACAAGGAUGUGCUGGACGCCGCACGCGCCCUGAUAGAGGCCCGCGAAUUUCGCCGUGCUGCGAAACUCUUGGAGCACCAUGCCAGCUCAAAGGCAAAAUAUCUGUACACAUACAGUCGCUUUCUCGUACGCUGCUAUGACUCUCGAGGACCUGAACAGGAUGAUUUAUCUAGCUAUCUAGGCCAGCGAGAGUGAUUACUUUCGAGACUGGUAUCUAAGCGACUACUCGAGGGUCCCGCCCAUCGAGCCGGCCAAUCUUGAACUCGUCGAGAUAAUGCUGGAAGUCUCGGGGAAAUCUGACCCGUGGACGCUCUUUCUAAAGGGUCUUUUCUUUCUGCGUUGUGGCUGCAGAGCAGAAGGCAUAGAAAACCUGAUCCUGGCUAUCGAGAAAGAGCCUUGGCUAUAUCCAGCCUGGAUGUUGCUUCAGGCUCAUGUUAGAGAC